UCUAUGUCAUUCAUGUUCAUAUCACUCGGUCCCUCCAACACAUAGCUGAAGCACACAUACCAUCAUCAUAUCAGUUUGAUCACAAGGAUCUAACGCAAGAGCAAACCAAAACGAAAACGCGAGGAUGACUGUCCACGGGAAGAUGGAGAUAGACUUCGAGAUCAAGGCUCCUGCCGACAAGUUCCACGACGUCUUCAGCUGCCGGCCCCACCACAUCCCGAACAUAUCUGCCGAUAAGAUCCAGGGCGUCGAGAUGCACGACGGCGACUGGGGCAAGGCCGGAUCCAUCAUCAGCUGGAACUACACCCACGAUGGAGAGGCUAAGGUCGCGAAGGAGUUGAUAGAAGCCAUAGACGACGAGAAGAACUUGACAACAUUCAGAGUGCUCGAAGGCGACCUGAUGAAGCUGUACAAGAACUUUGUCUUUUCCGUCCAGGCCACGUCCAAGGAAGGAGGCGGGAGCAUCGUCCACUUGACGAUCGAGUACGAGAAGCUGAGCGAGGAGGUGACUGAGCCCUACUCGAUGCUCCAGUUUGGCGUCCAUCUCAGCAAGGACAUCGAUCUUCACCUCAUGGAACAGGCUCAGGCUUAGGCCUAGCAGAAACCAAAGCUUCUGGACUUUAUGUAUAUGCACUGCACCGAUUUGCUGUCUCUGGUGAGUUAUAUGCUACGUAUGUUUGAACAUGUUUUGCGAUGUGUCUCUGUACUGAAAGGAAUAAAGCUUGCGCCGUGUGU